ACGAUGAGGCAGAGGAUGCCGAGUGCCCACUGUGCCUCGAAGAGAUGGAUAUCUCAGACGUCAACUUCAAGCCUUGCCCUUGUGGUUAUCAGAUAUGCCGUUUCUGCUGGCACCACAUCAAGGAAAAUCUGAACGGGCGUUGCCCAGCAUGCCGACGUGAGUACACCGACGACGCUGUGCAGUUCAAACCGAUCAACAAGGAAGAUCAUAAGCGCCUGACGCAGCAGAAGAAACAACGGGAGAGGGAGCGGAAAGAGCUUGAUGCGCUGGGCCGCCGCCAUCUAGCGAACGUGCGAGUUGUUCAGAGAAACGUCGUAUACGUUGUCGGGAUCGGCCCGCGCUUUGCCAAAGAAGAGCUUAUUCCAACGCUCCGCUCACACGAAUACUUUGGCCAAUAUGGAAAGAUCUCGAAGAUCGUCAUUGUCAAACGUACCUCUCCUGGUGGACGUGCGCCUGUUGUCGGGCUGUACAUCACGUUCCAUCGCCGAGAAGACGCGGCGCGCUGCAUUGCCGCUGUAGACGGUGCGCCAUCUCCUGGGGCAAGCGGGGAAGUCAUGCGAGCUAGUUAUGGAACGACAAAGUACUGCAUGACCUUCUUGCGUGGCGCAAGUUGCCCAGACCACAGCUGCAUGAGUCUUCACGAGUGGGGAGACGAAAACGAUUGUUUCACGAAAGAAGACCUUACGACGCUGAAACACACCAUGAAGGACACGGAGAGCAGGGCGCGGACAAUUACAAUUGUCAAAAAGGGAGAAGACGCGGAAGGCCUCCCGCGCGCCGCGUCAUGGGCUAACAAACCUCCCACGACUGUUGCAAAUACUGCGUUACAGAAUCAUACCAACGCAAUGCAAAGCGUGGCGGCCCGUCAGCAACGGCGAAUUGGGUCGACUAGCGCAGCGUCCACUACCACUCCUGCUACGCGUCAGCAGAAAAUUAGCUCCAUCGCUAACAAUGCAUCGAUAUCAAGUACGAAGAAGGCAGUUGCUGCGAAGUCCCCAUCGCUAGCUUCGUUCUCUCGACCUGCGACGCCCGUCCUACCGGGUAUUACAGCAAGCAUUAAGGCAAGUAAACAGAAGGACACACCUUCGACAACUGCAGCCGCUGCGCGUCCAGCCUCGCCUGCCACUGCUGAACCUGAAAGCAAGCCUUCACCGGAAGAGCCUUCGAGAGCUAGCUCUCCACCGGGGUCGGAACCGUUAUCACCAGAGCCCACGUCUGCAUUGCCGACCGCACCCCCAGGACUCCCAACUCUACCUCCGGGGUUGUCUGCACCCCCAGGCCUGCCACCACCAUCGCAUACACCCAUCUCCACGGAUUCGUCACCGCAGAUACCCAUGCAGAUGCCGCAAGGGCCAUACCAGAUGUCCACAGCCGCGCAAGCACUCAUAGAAGAUCUUAGGGCUCGUCGGGAAAACACAUUGGUCGUAAAUGUGCCGAAUCCGUUCCCGGAAUUUGAUCGUAUGAUGCAGUCUUUGGCGGGGGACAACAGCUUCAGUUUCAGUCUAGAUCCCAAACUUGCUGCAGACACUGAGGAUGUGGCGCUCCCUGACUUCCAGACGGAGGGAGCGAAACCCUUCGGCGGUUCGUUCUUCGAUGCCUUCCCCGGCGUCAGACAGCCACCACCACCUGGACUUGGCUUCCCACAGCUCGGAGGUUCUAGAGAUCGCAUCGGCACACCUAGUUCCAGCUACAGCGGCUCGUUCAACCCGUUCGGUAACGAUCUGGCAGAGGAGCCAUCUCAACAAUAUCCGCCGUUGGACGAGGAGAGGAAAGUGUCCAGAUUCGGCUUUGCCAGGGGGCGUCAAGGCUCUGCUGCGUCGACAAGCGCCUCGUCUCCUUUGCACGCUUCGGCGUCACUGAAUCACUCGGAGAGCUUUUCGCAGGCGGCGUACUUUGCGCAUUCGGAAGUUAUGUCGCCCCCACUCGCCCACCCGAGUCCAUCGCAAUGGAGCUACACUUCACGACAUCACGACUAUCUGAACCAGUCCGCUUCUGCAAUGAGCUCCCCUCUUGCACAGCACGCUCAGGCGCACCAUCCAUACGAACAGGCCGCACGAUAUCAACAGGGAUUCGACACGUCUGUCAGCGAGGCCCAACUUAGAGACUUCAUCAAUUCGAGCCGCGACCGUGCAGCUCGCACGGCCACCGUUGAUCCAAAUAGCUUCAAGUUCAGUGGCAGCCAGUCUUUCAGCGACCCUGCAAUUAUGUCGGCUCGACUAGCUUCUCCGGCGGUGGCGCAGCCGAUACACGAGAGCGGCUACGCAAACGUCCAGCCUCCAAUGGAGAGUUAUCAGCAGCAACAGCAACAGUUAGCUUACGGACCACCACCUGGUCUUGCCUAUCCUCCAGGUAUCAUGCCCGGCCCUACCAUGCGGCACGGACUAGGACUUGGAGCUGUACCAUCAGCUGUAGAGCUGGCUCAAGCCGGUGGAUCUGCUCAUGCCUUAUACACAGUCCCCGCUUCGCCUUCACCCGUCAUUCCAUCCCCCGUUCUCUCGUCUUCAGACUUCCCUGCUCUCUCUGCUCCCGAAUCCACCCCCAAUAUCGACCAACAGCAGCCCGCCGAUAGCUCGGAGCCUACCACACCCCUCACGGAAACCAAGGCCCAGUCCAGGGCGGAGCGCGCGGCAGCGAAGAAGAAAGCCGCCGCUGAGGUGUCUGCUACGAAGGCCGCUGCAAAGGCUGCAGAAAAGGAGCGGCUCGCUUCGCAGAAGGCCGCCAAAGAAAAGGCCGCUGCUUUGCAGAAGGCAGCAGAGAGGGAGAAAGCAGCCAGGGAGAAGGCCGAGAGGGAAGAGAAGGAGCGUCUUGAACGAGAGAAAGCCGAGAGGGUGGCUGAGAGAGCCACCGCUGCGAAGGCUGAGCGCGAAAAGGUCGAGGUGGAGAAGGCCGAGAAAGAGAAGAUGGAGAAGGAAAGGGUCGAGAAGGAGAAAGUGGAGAAAGCAGGGGCGGCGAAGGCAGCGGCAAAGACUGGCAAACUUGCUGAAGCCGAGAGCAUCUCUCAAACCUCUAUGCCCGCUCAGGCCUCUAAGCCGCCUAGCCGUCGUGACACUAACGCGAAGCAACCCUCGACCCCGGUACUCUCGUCCGCUGUGCCUGUCGUCCAGGCACCCAUCUUGGCCAGGUUGCCCAAGAAGACCAAGCCGAAUGCAAAGCCCAUCAAGAUCCCGAAGGAGGACAGCUUGAACGAUGUCUCCUCCGCGAUAGCUUCCGCAACUGCGUCCGAGGCACCCCAGCUCCCCGAAGUCCGAAACGAGUCGAGCUCCAGCAGCUCGCGUGCGCACUCUGAGGACAGGACGCACAGCGAGCCGAGAUCGCUCGAGGAGUUUCUUGCCGAAAUCGACGUUCAAGUGCCAUGGAUACGUCUGGCGCGGCAUCCGUUCUUCGACAUAACGAAGAUCAAUCCUGCUUCCAAGCUGCCACUAGAAUAUGGCCCCCUCGUCCACGCCUUGUCCGCUCUUUCCGUGGGCGGGGGCUCCUUCGCGAAUACCAUGCCCUCUGGCUCUAUCGACAACGCUGUCUCCUCCUUCCAGCAGCUUCUGGAGACACUGACACAGACCAUCUCCGACCUUCUCCGUCUUCUGCCUCGGACCACAUGGGACGACAGCUCUUCUUUUGACGGUGUGUUACGCGACAUGCUGAAGGGUGACGAUUUUCUGGAGGAUGGUGGCGAAGAGCCUGCACCGCAGGGCAAGGAAGACGAGGUGGCCGCGCUCACCAUGGCCCUUGAACGACGCGCCCGCUGGAUGGAGGUACAGCUCUCAAAGCUCGAAGAACUGCAUCGUGAUAUCAACAACGCGGCCGUCCGGGCGGUGCUCACGUUUAACGACAAUGGUUGGGACUUGCACGGCUUCAUGCCGCGCAUGGGUGACACGCUAACACGCUUCGAAAACCUCGGUAAGGUUUUUGAGGGCAAGGUCGCGCGGGACAUGACCGCGGACGAACUGGAGAGGGAGCUGGCACUUGCGAAGGAGUCGGUGGCGCAUGCGGAGACGGAGCUUAGAGACAUGAUGCAGAGCCUGCAGGUUGUGAAGCCGUCGGAUGAGGAUGUCUAAUGAAUGUAAUAAUCCACGCCUAAUUAUGGAAGUACACAUUUUCUUGCAACCUGGCUCCGUGUUCACACUCCUUGCGUCAGCAGGGUUUCUGGGAGACACGAUUAUUCAAGCACGUCUUCAGACAUGUACUAUUGGAUGCUAACGAUGAGAAAAUCGGGGUCAGCUUCCGGCCAUUCCUGGUUUGAAACGAAGAUGAGCCCUUGAAUAUAACACCAGCGCCACGUGUACCCACUCUAACAAUAACAAUUGCAUCUUCACUCAGCAUGACCGCACUGGUGAGACCCACAUCUACCGGAGGAUCUUCAGCCUCCACUCCAUACAACUGGAUGUUGUCGAAUCUGUUCGUGGAUAUACGCGUGUGACUCUUCCGAUACGGCAGGCACGUCAGCACGCAGUCGGGGUCGUCAAAGAACUUGGCAAAGUCGGGCGGAAGCCGUGUUGGGUGCACAUAGUAUUCAAAGUCGUCAUCAACGCCCUGAAGCGGCUCCACGUCCUGGUAGCUAACCGCGUCUUUGGACUUGAAGAACUCGGCGAUGCUCUGGCCUUCGGGCACGACCGCGGCGCCCGCGAGGGCCUUGCGUAUCGCGAGCUGGUUGAAGUCGCAGAUCUCGACGGAUUGCGGGAAGACCCCGUAGUUGUUCGGGACGAGGCUCGCCGGCCGGUAGCGCCGCACACGCCCAUCCGUAUGCACGACCCACGAGUACUGGGCGACAAUGCGCGUGCCGUAGACGCAGCACGGCCAAUUACCGUCCCAGAUAUCAUUCUGUGGCUCCGCGCGGCAGCUUGAUGGGCCCCAGGUUACCCAUGGAAGCGUGAAGGGGCUCGACGUGUCACGGGCAUAGGCGAGUAGUUGCACGAGGGAUAUGGAGAAGCGGAUGGUGUACAGGUUGAUGCCAGGAUUUGGUGCAUGCAUGACCGUCAUCAUCAGGACAAUGAUCCUGUCGUUGCGCGCUUGGAAAAACGGAGGUUGGGAGACGGUGUGAAUGACUGGCCCGGGUGUCGUCCCAGAGCUAUCAGGACGAGACUCGAUAGAGCGUUCUUCAAGUGCAUUCGGCAUCCAUCCGGGGCCCGGGUCGCAAAGCAGCUCCAUUGACUCGAUGGCUGAAGAGUUUGUCUGACAUGCAGGCAGGAGGAACGUCCAACACCUAUGAGUGUCAGACCAGUCUGGUAACGCUUCUUCGUCUUCUGACUCAUCUGUACGAACUCAGU